GUGUCAAACAAAAAAUCAUUUGUCAUCUCGUUAGACGCAAAACUCUCAAAUCGCCGGAGAAAUUGCUAAAUCAUUUUUAAUCUAAAAUAUAUUUAAUAAUAACAUAAAUUUUGUUAACAAUAAUGUUUGCAAACAUGUUGAAUAAGAGUGCUGCACCAAUGCCAUAUGCUGAAGCACCUGGUAUACAACGUUAUGAUUUCUCACCAUACGAAUCCAAUGGAGGUUCCAUUGUUGCUAUUGGUGGGGAUGAUUUUGUUGUUAUUGGUGCCGAUACACGUCUGAGUACUGGAUAUUCUAUACACACUCGUGAUCAAAAUAAGAUUUUCAAAUUGACACCCAAUACUGUUUUGGGUUCAACUGGUUGCUGGUGUGAUUCGCUAGCUUUGACCAGUUUAUUACGUGCCCGUGUACAAAUGUAUGAGCAUUCACAUUUGAAGACUAUUUCUACUGAUGCUAUCGCUCAAUUAUUGUCAGUACUUAUGUACAGUAAACGUUUCUUUCCAUACUACGUGUCUAACAUAUUAGCUGGUCUCGACAACGAGGGUAAAGGUAUUGUUUAUUCAUAUGAUCCAAUUGGUCAUUGUGAACGUACCAAAUAUCGUGCUGGCGGUUCAGCUGGUGCACUAUUACAACCAGUUCUAGAUAAUCUAAUUGGUUAUAAAAACAUGAACAUCGAUGAGAUUCCACCGAUUUCAUUGGAACGCGCUAUCUCUGUCACUACAGAUGUUUUCAUUUCAGCUGCUGAACGUGAUAUUUACACUGGUGAUGCGGUUCUAAUAAACAUUAUCACUAAAGAUGGUGUUGAAGUGAAAGAAAUUGCACUACGUAAAGAUUAAGCGUCAGAGAAAAAUUGAGUUUAACAAAUCGAAAUUUUGUAAUAUGAAAUAAAAUUAGUUUUCUUUAUA